AUGGUUCAUGAUAAAUAUCAUAAAAUAGCUUUGAUAGAUGCAGAUUAUUAUAUAAUUAAUUAUAGUAGCACAAUAACUACAUAUAUUCAACAUAUAUGUAAUAAUUUGUUGAAUAACAAUAGAAAUGAUGUAAAUCUAAAAGAUGACACUAAUGAACAACAUAAAAUCAAUAACAAAAAUGAUGACAUACUCUACAAGAAAAAGCAAAUAAUAUGCAUUUUUAUGUUACAAAUAUUUCUAAACAACCUAGAUAAAAAUUUAAAUUUGUUUGAUUAUUUAAUUAUUGUAAUAAAUAAAUAUUUUCACUUGGUUCAAAAGUAUAAAUUAACAAAUACAUAUGGGAAUAUAAAAAUAGAGGAUAAUACUGGAAUAUGUAAAAAUAAAAAAGAUACAAAAACAGAUGUUAGUAUAUUAGGAGAAGGACGACAGAGUCAUACAGAAAUAAGUCUAUCGGAUUACCCGAACAAAGAAAUUGCAAUAAAUAAUAAUAUUAAUAAUAAAUCUAGCACAUCACCAACAACAAAAGAAGCAAAAAAAACGACAUCAAUAACUACUAAUACUACUAAUACUACUAACACUAGUAAUAAUAAUAAUAAUAAUAAUAACAAGAAUGAAGAGAAAAUUAAUUGUAUUAAUAUAUCUAAUCCUAACAAUUUAUCAAAGGAUAAUAUAAUAAUAACCCAAGAUGAUCAGUAUAAGCACUUAAUACACAAUUUAAUUGAAAAUAAUAAUUAUAUUAAUAUAGACAAUAUUAUAAAGUCCCAUUUAUGUUUUGUUAAUAUAAAAGGUAAUGAACACGACAAAAGUAGUAAAAAGAAAUCAUCGAGUUGUCUACAAAUAAAUAAUAUAAUAUAUGAAAAAAAAUUAUGUAAUAAUAUAAAUUACAGUGAAACAGAUAUAGAUAACAAUUUAAUAAUGUCUGAUGAAAAUGAUUUUAUUGACAGUACAAAUAAAGAUAUUAAAAAAAAAUUUCCAGACAUGAUAAAUAAUAAAAAGCUUCUUAUCGAUUAUAAUAAAAUUAAUAUAAAAUUAAAACAUUUUGAUGAUACAAUUAACAUAAAUGAUUUAAUAAAAGGAUAUAAAGUAUAUGAAGAUGUAGGAAGUAUAUAUGAAAUUAAAAACUUAUUUCGUAUAUUAAUAUUAUCAAAAUUACAUAUAGGUGUAUAUAACUUAUUAUAUUUUUUAAAGAAGAAAAAUAUUUUUAUGUUAUUUUAUAGUUCAAAUAAAAAUUUAACGAAUCUAUUAUUCAAAUAUAAUAAAAUAUAUAAGUACUACCAAAAUUAUUAUAAUGUGAUUGAUUCAUUAGAUGAACUAAAAAAAUAUGAAAAAGAUUGUCACAAAUUUCUUAUUUUUAGUAAUCGAUCAUGUUUUAUUUGUCACGCUAAAAGACAUGGUAUAUUUUAUACGGCAAUAGGGAAUAAGAAAAAUGAUGAUAAUAAUAAGAAUGAAAAUAAUAAUGAUAGUAAUAAUAUUGAAAAAAAAAAUAAUUAUUAUAAUCGUAAAACUUCAAAUUGCGAUGAUAUAGAUUGGACAAAUGAAAUAUAUGAACAAAUAAAAUCAGAUGAAUGUAUUGAAAAAUUUUCGAACGAAUAUAAUAAUGUUGUUUAUCCAUUUAUAAAAAAUUGUAAUUUAACUUUAGAUAUUUUGUCAUGGAGAAUGAUAUAUAUAUUUAAAAAAUAUCUUUACAUCUAUGGAAAAGUUGUUAAAGGAUUUGGACGAGGAAGUAAGUAUUUAAAUUUGCCAACAGCAAAUAUUUUUCAUCCAAAUUUUAUAUCAGCUGAUAUUAUGCCUGGAAUAUAUUUUGGUAUAUGUAAAUUAAGAGAUAAAAUUUUUAAGAGUGUUAUAUCUAUUGGAUAUAAUCCUUAUUUUAAAAAUAAACAUAUGACAAUAGAAGCAUUCUUAUAUUACAAAACAGAUGAUUUAUUUUAUGAUGAAAAUAUUCAUUUAAUUAUUAUUGGAAUUAUUAGAAGCGAAAGUAAUUUUGCAUAUUUCUCUCAUCUUAUUCAAGCUAUUCAAUUUGAUUGUGAACUAGCCAGAAUUGUACUUAACAAAUUGAAAAAUAAUGAAACUUUUCAACAAUGUAGGUAUUUUCUCGACAAUAUAAAAUAA